AUGGAGGAAAGACAAGAUGAUGUAGAUACUAUUCGGUUUUAUGAGGCGGAGAAUGCAUUCGAUAUAUUGACUGAAAGAGCGUUUGUCAAAAAAUUCAGACUUACAAAAGGUCUUGUCAAUAUAUUAAUAGAUGAACUGCGUCCAAACCUUGAACCCCCCUCUAGAAAAUCUGCUAUAAGUAUUGAGCGUAAAGUUUUAACGGCUUUACGAUUUUUUGCAAGUGGCUCAUAUCAGCAAGACAUUGGGGAAAAUCGAGCAUCAUCUUUGAGUCAACCAUCAGUCAGUAAAUGCAUAGCCGAAGUAUGUGAUACAUUGAACAUGCCUAAUAUUUUUAAUAAGCACGUAAGGUUUCCUUCGUCACUGAAUGAAUUAAAUCAUAUUAGACAGGAGUUCACCAAUGUAUAUGGAAUCCCGGGUGUUAUUGGCAUUAUUGAUUGCACUCACGUUGCAAUAGUACCCCCUAAAGCUGAUGGGCCUUACCCAGAACACAUAUAUGUGAACAGGAAAAAUUACCAUUCCAUAAACGUACAACUGAUAUGCGAUUUAAAUAUGGGUAUAAUGAACGUAAAUGCUAAGUACCCUGGUAGUACUCAUGACAGCUACAUUUGGCGUCGUAGUGCUAUCUCUACGAUUAUGGAACAAAUGAAUAAUGAAGGAAUGCGUUCUUAUUAUUUAUUGGGAGAUUCUGGGUAUGCAUUGAGACCUUGGUUGAUGACACCGUUAAAUAAUCCGGAACCAAAUACCCCAGAAGGACGUUAUAAUGAAUGGUUCUCUAAAACUAGGUCGUUGAUUGAACGUACUAAUGGGUUACUCAAAAUGCGAUUUCGGUGUCAUAUACAGCAUAAAGUACUGCAUUAUCAUCCGAUCAAAGCAUCAAAAAUCAUUAACGCAUGUGUUACACUCCAUAAUAUAUGUAUUACAAAUAAUGUACCAGAACCAAUUGAUGAGAUAACAAAUGAUGUGGAUUUGGGUAUGCAUUAUGUUGAAGAAAAUCAUUUGAAUUUUCAACAAGUGAAUCCAGACUUAUUAGCUGGUCGUAGGAUGCAACAUCAAAUAAUCAAUAAUUAUUUUAUCUCUAACAUUCGGGUAGUUGUAUCACUUAACUUUUCAGUAGCUAGAGCGGCAUUUGUUAAUUUUGAUUUCUUACCAAAAGAUCUAGAAAAGUAA